GGUUCCUCAACAUGACAGCGGACUCACUAAAACCGCUUCUUCACAUUGAAGUAUGUCUUGCUCCACAUAGCACAGCGCGCUACGACUUCACUCGCCGCCAUGUGCAGGACUUUCUUCUCACGACAUAUCCGUCUGUGGUAGUCCAUACAACUUUAAGCAAAGACGACUUUCAAGAUGUGGAUUUUCUGAGAAUAAAUGUUGAAUGGAUUAGGGUGUGCGAGGUUCACGGGGCACAAGAUCAAACAGAAGUACAAGCUUUAAGCAGCAUCAUCCUUUCCAUUCAUGUGUUUCAAUUGAAUGAAGAGGAAGGCGUAGAUGAGAUCAGUGAGGAAGAAAAUGUGGUAACCUCCAACCAUUGGAUCCUACCCGCCAAGGGAUUGCAUGGGCUAUGGGAGAGUCUGAUCUAUGAUAACAAUAUUCAACUCAACCUCCUCGACUAUGUCUAUACCUCCAUGCUAUUCGGUGAUAAUGGGGUAGAUCCUCAUAUUAUCAGCGUGAAUCGCGUUGCACUGCUACAUGGGCCGCCGGGAACGGGUAAAACUUCUUUAUGUCGGGCUCUUGCACAGAAAUUGGCGAUCAGGCUGGCGGAUAGAUAUUCUCAUGGGAAACUUAUUGAGAUCAAUUCGCACAGUUUAUUUUCGAAAUUCUUUUCCGAGAGUGGUAAACUUGUCAUGAAAAUGUUUCAGCAGAUACAUGAGAUGCUGGAGGACGACGAUGCGUUUGUUUGUGUUCUUAUAGACGAGGUUGAGAGCCUGUCGGCUGCACGCAAGGCUGCUUUAUCAGGGAUGGAACCAUCGGAUGCAAUACGUGUGGUUAAUGCUCUGCUCACCCAACUCGACCAGUUACGGAAACGCAAAAAUGUUCUCAUUUUGACUACUUCCAAUAUUACCGAAGCAAUAGAUGUGGCGUUCAUAGAUCGAGUAGAUAUUAAACAAUUCAUCCCUCCACCAUCUCACCGAGCACGUUACGCCAUUCUUUCAAGCUGCUUGACAGAGUUAAUUCAAAAACGAAUUAUAGAACAACCCGAAACUCCCUUGGUCGACUACCGCGAAAUCGAUUUAUAUACCUGCCCGACGGGGGGAAUGCAAGGACGGGAAGAGAGCCUGCAGCUUUGGAAAGUUGCUGGGGACUGUGAGGGGUUCAGUGGUAGAACGCUCCGCAAACUUCCGUUCCUGGCACACGCUUUUUUUGUCUCGUCGAACACAAGCACACUGCGAGCGUAUACACAAGCUCUCUCAAUGGCAGUGCAAGCUGAGAAAAGUAAUAGGGCCAUGGUGGGUCUCGGCGGUGAUAUGUAAUAAAGGACUCUAGCUUUAGUUUCACGACGUAUAUCGUCUAGAAAAUAGAAAAAGUGGCUACCGCCCGUGUUGAGAUGAACAACAAUGCUGCAU